GCUCAGAGAGGCACUUUCUUUGCAAACCGUCGUUCCGGUACAAUAAGUCAAUGGUAUUUUUUUUCUCUUUCGUUUGAAUUUCGGCAUAAAUCCGGUGAAAUAUCUUCCACGAAAAUAUCAAUGAAAAAUAAAUCCACGAAAAUCCAUUCAAUUUAAAAAAUAUGAUUAUAUUUAGACAGCCUAUAGCCACAAGUGUUUACAGAAAAAAAGUUUCCGUCAAAUAAUUAAAACGAAAAUACGAUUUGUUUAUUUGGUAUCGGUAUCAACGGGUCGAUUUUUAAUUUCGGAAAUAACGCACAUUUUAACACAAGCAAUACAAUGAGCAAUAAGCCACCAAUGCUACCGCCAAAGAAGAUUGCACCAGAUCCAGACUAUGAAAUUAUUGAAUUUUCAAAUGAACAAUAUUCAAAUGCGCAACCCAUCAAAGCCACAAAUGGCAAAUCUCUGGAGGGUAUCAAAUGUGAUUUGUGUGGGUCGAUGUCUGCCAAAUUAAAAUGUGAUCAUUGCAAUUCGCAACUUUUUUGCUCAUCGUGCGAUGAUAUGUUUCAUCGUCAUCCCAAGCGAAAUACGCACAUAAGAAAAACAAUCGUCGUGCAGACAGAGAUAAAGCCGCCGUUACCACCAAAGGGUGAUAUUUUGCUACCAGUUCCGCCACCUAGACGAAAGAAAACCGGAAUGACACCAUUACUACCACGAAAGGAUUAUACGUUGCCACAUCAACCAGUUGCUCCGCCGAGUCCAGCAUUAUCGUUACGCGAUCGAGUGUCUAGCAUCAAGCGAUUUAUCGUGCCAGGCAACAAAUCACCAGAAACACCUAACAAAAAAGAAGUACAACAAAUCAAUUCACGACCGGGAACACCAAAUUCGGAUUGCUCAACGAAAUUACCAUCGUUGGCAAUGGAACGCAUCAAAAUUCAUACAAAUAACGCAAAAGAUCGAAUGGAAAUUAUGCAAAAACGGUAUCACGACUAUCAAGACUCAUUGAAAACAGGCGGAAGCAGUGACUCAAAUCGAGCAUCAAUGAAUGCAUCUCCUUUCGAACGAAUUAAUAAUGACAAUCGAAAUUCAUCGAAUCGAUCUAAUUCAUUUGGUCCAAGACUUAGAUCCGGCAGUUUUUCAAAUUUUGCAAGUCAUUUUAAGAAUGGCAAUGCUCGUUUUAAUCAAAACUUCAAUGAUUUUGACGAUACACAGGAUGAAGGCACACUAUCCGAUUCACGAUCCAAAGCGUUCAGUUCAUCUGUACAAAACUUAAAUGGUGGCCAUAAUGGCGGCAAUUGGCAAAUGCCACCGCAUCAACCAUUCAGUCCACAGCCGCCACCAUUCGGCUAUAUGCCACAUCAACCGAUUCAGUAUCAUAAUCAUAUGCAAGGUUCAUGCAUGAAUUGUAGUCAACAACAAUUAUGGAAUCCACAUGGCCCCGAAGCACAAUGGAAUGCAAAACAUUUGAAUGGGUCCAAUAUGAGUUUAAACCUUCCAGCAUUCUAUCCACAACAGUUUGAUAUGAAUGGCACGACUUGGAUAAAUAAUGGAAGCUACCGAAAACCGGACGGAUAUUUUGGAAUGAUACCAAAUGCGUAUCCUUUCCCCAUUUCGAGACCACAUUCACGUGUACCAUCUCGUGCCGCAUCGCCUGCGCUUAGCACAAAAUCUCGUAAAUCAUCAAUAUCUACGCGCAAUUUACCCUAUCGCAAUAGUUAUAUUGAACAACAUUUAACCGACGAUGAGAGCUCGGAGAGUAUUACAAGUUACAUGGAUAAUUUGGAUUUACGACGCAAAGGCAGUGAUCGACGUGAUAGCCAAGGAAGGUCAAUUCGUUCUUCACGACAUAGUUCGAAGAGUUCACCGCAACGAAGUUAUGAUGAAGAUAGUGAAAUAUUUUCAAGUCGUGGCUAUAGACGUGAACGUCGAGCAAGUUCAUCAGCUCGUUCAAUUACAUCUCGAACAGACCGAAGACAAUCGCAACGAAUCAAGUCAGAUUCAACACAAGAUUCAGAAACGGAAUUAGGUACUCGAGCUCUUGUACAGGCGAAAAUACGCGAGAAAGUGGCGCAAGCAUCAUCAAUGGACGAAAGUUCAAGUGAUUUAUGGAAACCAAAGUCAACGGUGCCGACAAAAAUUGAGAAAAUUCAAACUGCACCAACCACUUCGAAACCGAUAGAAAAACCGGUAAAAUCUAUCGAAAAGGCCACAGCGACGACAAAGAUGGUUUCUAAGGCAGUUUCAAAGCCGUUGGAUCGAAAAAAAAGCAUAGAAAGAGUUGUUAAACCGAAAUUAUUGACUGAAGUGCAGACGGUGAAAAAUUCAAUUGCAAAAAUUGAAAAAGUAACACCAAAAGCUGAACCAACACCGCCCAAAAAUGAAUCGGAACCAACUGAAACGGAUUUGAAUAAUGUACCGGACGAAUCACCCGAAGGGCCGCCAGUAACUCCCGAUUAUGAUUGGACAUGCGAAUAUUGUACAUUUGUCAAUGAAAAAAAUGUGAAAAUAUGUGCAAUUUGUUGUAAAACACCAUCGGCCACAGCAAUUCGAAAGCAAAUUAGUCCAGACAAAGAGAAAAAACCAUCGACCAAUGGCAAAGUAAAUGAUUCGGCUGAUAUCUCAAAAGAAGGCUUCUGGAUGGUUUCGACAUCAAAUGAUGAUGUCUCCGAGCUUAAAAGUUAUGAGAGCAAUGGAAGCGAAACCGAAAGUGGAAGCGAAUUGGAACAAGAUGACAAAGAACAAGAAUCUGAAGCGGAAAAAAGUGAAAACGAUUUAGAAGUUAUGGAAAUUUUAGGACAAACUGAAGCCCACAUUCAUCCUGAUGUCCAACCAGUUGUAAUGGACGAUACACAAACGAAUGAUUCAGUGGAAAAGGGUAACGAAAUAAUACCAUCAACAAACGAUGGCGUUGCCACAAACGACGACGAACAAACACUGUCACAUAUCAUAGAAAACAAUACACAGGACUUGUCACACAAUACAGAAAAUACUGAAAAUUCGCACAAAAAUACACGUGAGCAAAUAAUCGAAAAAGACAUCGUAAAGGAUGUUCCGACAUCUAAUCAGCCACCGUCGUCCACUCAAGGUCCAACAAAUGAAUCUUACCUAACCCAUGCAACCAAUCAAAAUCAAAAUGCACCAUUGGACAUAUUGGCAUACAUUGAUCAGAGUUUGAAAACCUUAAUUAGCUCAAAUAUAAAGAGCAACAACAACCAUAACAACCAUAAUCACUUGAUUCAACCAACACCACAAUUUUUACCCACGACACCCCAGGUGAAUGCAAUUCAAUUGCAAAACCUUCAUACAACCAAUCAAAGGCGUCAAUCAGUGAAUGAUGUGGAUCUAUACAAAGUGUUAUUGGGUGCAAAUAAUUAUACCUUCGAUGAGAUUCAAGUUGCAUUAGCAAAUACAACAGAUGGUGAUCCGCUUACUUGGUUAAAUGAGAAUUGGAUGAAAUUAAUUGAAACAGUACAAACGCUUGCAACAAAGUAUGGACAGGAGCACAAAGAGAACAUUGUUGGAACAAUAUCGUCGACCGAAGCGCGUGAUGUAUUGAUAAAAAAUAAGGGAAGCGUUUGGCAUGCUGUUACUCAAUGCAUCGAACAACGACAAGAAGCUUUCAAUACAAUCAAGUCAUUGGGAAAUUAUUCGCGUGAAGACAUUGUUUCCUCCUUGACCGCUCACAAUGGAAACAUGGAAAUGGCAUUGGCCGAACUAAAUCGUUUGCAAAUGAAACCAUUUUUGAAGAAAAUUCAGGAAUCACCACCAGCGAAUGAUAUGCAACCAUCGAUCAAUGGUAAUAAAUCAGAAAAUAAUGAGAAUUAUUCAAUAGAAGGGGAAGAAACAGAAGCAUUUUCAAAAGAGAAUGAUGCACAAGCGAACGAAGACAAGCGUGAUAUUUUACGAGAUAUCGAAGCAAUUAUCGGCAGCAUGGAAGAGAAACAAUCUAAACAAACCGAAACACUUUUGAGUACAAUUGAAAAUUUAGUCGGUAAUAUGUUGAUGUCGCGCACUAGUCAAUCGGUUUCUAGCGCAUCAAGCUUCUCCAAUUUAGACCAAAGUGAUCGUUUGGAUCGUAUUCAUGUCAAAAGUCCCCUUCCGCAAAAGAUUACAAACGAAUUUGAUCAGAAUACUGACGUUGAAACUGAUGUGAAAAAUUUCGUUUCGAGGCAUAUACAAGACGUUGUGCCUGACGUGGCUGCAUUGAUUAACAAGGAAUUGGUGCAAACACCUGAAUCUGAACAAAAAGAAGUGUUGGUUCAGGAAAAUAUUACUUUGAAUGGUGUAAAUGAAACACCAAUGGAAACACUUUUGGAACCAAUCGAAAUGGAAACUCCUUUAGAACCUAUGGAAACGGCGGAAAUUCGCACAGAAGCGGCAAAUGAUAUAAAAACACCAGUUGAAGUUCUUCAAGGACAAGAUGGACCAGAGGAAAUUAGAAUAGAAGAGAAUCCUAUAAUAAAUGAAACUCCACAUGAUCAACUCCAAAGUGUGCCAGAACAAAAUGUGCCGAUUCAAAAUGGUGAAAUCGAUGAGAUCGCGUCCACUUCAUCACAAGUCGAAAAUCAGCCACAAAAAAUCAAAGUCAUACAGCAAUCGUUCCGAAAUAAACCUCUAUUUGUUGUCACAAAAUCGAGUGCACGAUUCACGCAAAAGCAAAUGGAUAAAAAACGGAUUCGCGAACUUGAAAAGCAGUUAAGACGACAACAAAAAGAUCAACGAAGAAAUUCAAUCAUAAUUGAUCGAUCCGAUUCACAGAAUACUGGAUAUUUAUCAGAUUCAACAGUUAUUGCGGAUGAAACACAAGCCGUGGAUCACGUUGAUGCCCUUCCUGGUGUUUCGAAUGAGAAAACAUUCUCAUUGUCUAUUGUUGAACAAGCCGUUCAUGAUGAUGACAAUAAAGAGCACAAUCACACAAUUGAAUCGCCAGUUCCGCCAAAUGUGGAUGCAACGAAUCAACCAUCUUCAAGUAGUGCUUUGAACCAAAUCGACGAAAAUUCGUUAGAUAUCGUUGCAUCGAUGAAAGAUAUGAAAAAUCGUAAUUUAUCCAAAUUAGUAGAGGACACAAAGUCUUUGAUUCAACUUAUGAAAAAUGAAAUUGACGAGGAUAUUGCGAUGUCCGCAUCAGAAUUCGGGGAUAAUGAUGAUUAUUUGAGCGAUGAUGACAUCAUUUAUUCGGACGAUAUGGGCGAGGGUGAAAGUGAAUUCAGUGACAGUUGGGAAGAUAUAAGUGAUGAAGAGUCGGUUAUUAGUGAAGAUGUUAAAUAUUAUAAUGAAGAUGAUGACGUAUUUCAACGGAGUAGUCAAAGUGUUGAAAGUGAGGUCUUUGUCGAAGCACGAGAAAGCCAAACGAGUGAAAUUGAGCAUGGUGAAGAAAAUCUUGGGAUUUUGGACAAUAUUGAAGUUUUAGAGGACAGUUCUCCUAUUGAAGUAGGUGUUUUCAAUGAAGAAACCGCCGGAAAUCAUGAAGAAUUCGUGCAAUUUGAUGAGAAUCGAGAAGAAAAUGAACAACUGAUUACAAUUGAUUCCAAUAAUAAUCAUGUUCGAAUACAAGAACACAUUUUGGAAAAUGCAGCCGAAACACCGUCUAGUCCAGAACCAUUGAACCUUGCUGUUCCUUCUGUUGAUGAGAAUGUGAUGCUUGAAAUCCAACAAUCACUGCACACAUCAUCUAUUGUCUCGGUGAAUUUCCGCGAAACGGAUUUGAGAGAAAAAUCACAAUCUGUAGAGCCAAGCACCGAUUCACAAGUGAGCUCACCGAUUCAAUCGCCCGAUCAACCAUCUGUUUAUUCACCGGAUCCACAAGAUAGUAUUUCAGAGAGGGAUAAGAGCGUUUUACCAACAAUUGAAGCGAAUUCUGAAGAACAAUCGGGUACUGUACAGCAAAAUAUUCAAUCCGUUAUUGAUUCGGAGGAAAACAUAAAUGUAAACUCUGAUGAAGUCGAAGAGGGCGAACUUUCAAAAGAAUCCGUGGAAAAUACACCAAUUCUCAAUGGUGAACAUGAAGCUAGCGAAAGCGAAUCUCAGUCCCAAUCGAUGUCAAUGUCUGAAAAUCAAAUUUUUCAUGCCAACGACACAGAAUCAGAACUAGAAGAAUUAAGUGUUGAUAUAUCUGCAUCGGAUAGUACAAACAGCAAAGAAAAUACAAGAGUUAAUUCGUCCAUGUCAACGGUAUCGGUGGCCAGUGAAAAAUUAGUCGAAUCAUAUCAAUAUCAAAAAAUUACUGUCCCCGUUAUAACACAAUGUAGUUCCAGCAAGAUAAGUGUAAUGCAAUUGAAAAAAAAUCCAUCCGAAAAAUCAGUGAUUAAAAAUAAAAUCCCAGUGCGUCGUCCAUCAUUUGCUGAACCAUCGGCAAGCAUUCGAAAUAUUCAAAAUGAAUUAUUAAACAAGCAACUGAAGCAAACGCCAAAAGUUAGCAAAAAACCGUCGAAAAUUGUGCCGCCGAAGCUAUUUUUCAAAUCAAAUACAGAAACAAGCACAGUAGUUGGCACUAGCAAAGCCACCAAAAUAGAUGCAGACAAACCAUCCACAUCAUACGAAAAACAAUCCAUUCCGAAGAAGAAAUAUUAUGAAACAUGCUUUAGUGAUGACAACUAUCAAACGUCAGACGACGAAAAACCUAUCACAAGCAAAAAAGUCAUUCCAAAUUUAGUGAAAAUUAUCGAAUCGAAUACCGAAGAGGAUUUUGAGGCACUGGCACAAAGAUUAAUGGAUGAAGGUAAAGUACGUAUACAUGCUGAAGCUUUAUUGGCUGCUGAGUUGAUCCAACAAAAAUUCAAAGAAGACGUCUCAAUUUGGGCAGCUACGGAAUGCACGACAAUUGAGCAUGCCAUUCGAUUGUUGCAACAGGAAUGCGAACUCUGUACGGAAACUUAUCCGUUGAAUCAAAUGGUUUCAAUGUUAAAGUGCACACACAGUUGUUGUCAAGAAUGUUCCAGAAAUUACUUUACAAUUCAGAUUACCGACCGUAGUAUUACAGAUUGCUCAUGUCCAUUUUGUAAAUUACCCGAUCUCAAUGCAUCCGAGACAACCGAGGACGAUGUUUUGGAAUAUUUCUCCAAUUUGGACAUUUUAUUGAAAAAUAUAAUUGCAGCCGAUGUACAUGAGCUAUUCCAAAGAAAAUUACGAGACAGAACACUAAUGCAAGAUCCAAAUUUCAAAUGGUGUGUUCAGUGUUCUUCUGGUUUCUUUGCACGUCCCCGACAAAAGCGACUCAUUUGCCCCGAUUGUGGUAGUGUAACUUGUGCUCAGUGUAGGAAGACUUGGGAGAGUCAACAUGAAGGAAUCACAUGUGACCAAUUUGCCGAAUGGAAAGACUUGAACGAUCCGGAUAAACAAAAUGAAGGGGUCGCUCAACAUUUACAGUUGCAUGGAAUCUCUUGCCCAAAGUGUAAAUUCAAGUAUUCACUUGCAAGGGGUGGAUGUAUGCAUUUCACUUGUUCACAAUGUAAAUAUGAAUUCUGCUAUGGAUGUAAUAAACCAUUUAAAAUGGGAGCAAAAUGUGGCUUAUCUGAUUACUGUGCGAAGCUAGGAUUGCAUUCGCAUCAUCCAAGAAAUUGCUUAUUCUACCUACGAGACAAAGAACCAAAAGAGUUGCAAACAUUACUUCGAAUGCACAAUAUCCCAUUCAGCACAGAACCCGGAGAGGUAAUCCCAGGAACAAAUACAAAAGAAGAAAGUAAUUUUCGAAAAUUGUGUCCGAUUCCAAUUCAAAAAGAAACACCUAGCGGCCUAGUCGAUACAGUUUGCAAUGGUGAUAUUGAAGAGAAUAGCGCCGGCCUCUGCAGAAAUCAUUAUGUUGAGCACUUGUGUUGUCUAAUUCGUGAGAAAAUGUUAGAUUCACUGCCAAUAUUGUCAACUGAUGAUCUCGAAACAGUUGUGCGACGGGCAAACAGACGUCUUCCGCCACGUCCAUACGUAUAUCGUCAGGAUCCUAAAAUUUGCAACUCAAUUUUUCACAAUGAAUUGAUUAAGGGCACAUUUUGUUGAGUACUUAGUUGGUAUUGUGGCCAAAGCUAAUAUUGAUCCGUUGCCAAUACUCGAUCUAACUGAUUGCGUACAAGAAUUACGACGCAGGGGGAUUGCUUUACCAGAUCGAG